GAACUUUUUUUCAACAUGCAGCAGGCGACCCCAGCUGCAUUCACAACCCUUACCCUGUCUGUCUGCCUUUUUGUUGCCGGCCCCAUAGCUGUUCGGGGGCAAGGUUCCCCGGUGCGCGCGGGGGCCGACUGUGAAGUAUGUAAAGAAUUUCUGGAAAGAUUCUACAGCUCCUUAAUAGCCAAAGGUGUUGACUUUUCCCAGGAAACGAUAGAAAAUGAAUUAAUCAGCAUUUGUUUAGAUUCCAAAGGAAAAGAAAAUCGUCUGUGCUAUUAUCUUGGAGCAACAAAUGAUGCAGCCACAAAGAUCCUAAGUGAAGUCACUCGCCCCAUGAGUGCCCAUGUACCAGCAAUAAAGAUUUGUGAGAAGCUGAAGAGGAUAGACAGUCAGAUCUGCGAGCUUAAAUAUGAGAAGAAGUUGGAUUUAGAAUCAGUGGAUCUAUCGAAGAUGAAAGUAGCUGAACUGAAAAAGAUUCUCAACAUUUGGGGAGAAGAGUGCAAGGCAUGCAUCGAAAAAGCAGACUUAGUGGAUCUUAUUAAAAAGUUGGCACCCAAGUACACAUCCUCAAGUCCAAGAUCAGACCUUUGAUUGAAGUUUGAACCAAGUGGCUACAUUAGCAUAUCAUCAAGAUGAUGACCAUUCUGGCCUUAAACAAUGUGAAUUACGAGCUACCGAUGUAACCAGACAGCUUGUGGCACAGGUAUCAUACUUGUUUGCCCUGGUCUCAGAAUACAUUAUUUGUCUUUAUGAAUAACGCCAUCAAUGUUAGAUGCCUUAUAUUUACUGUGUAUGCAAAUGUCAUGUUCCUUCCAGAAGAUAUCAAAGUGUUUUGGCUUACUUUCCCCUCUCACAACUUAUUCCUAAGGUAUGUGGAAAGCAUCACCUUUUUCCUCUCUUAGAGAGGGGAAAAUUGAGGUAUUCGAAAGUCAUUAUAGGGUUUAUGAGUACUCACCAAAGAGGCCUUGUUCCCAUUCUGACAUUAACCAUUAGUCAAAAAUACUGGAAUUAGGGGAAAAAGAGUCAAUUUUUCUUUUAAAAAAUUCACUUUAUUUUAUAAUCACUUUGAAGACAGUUUCAAAACCCUACCCAGAGUUUCACAAAUAUUGAGUGUCCUCACAUUUAAAAUCUAUAUAUAACUAUAUGUCUUUGAUAUGUUUGAUGUCUAAAAUAGCAGAUUUGGAGGAGCUGCUAUAAAAUUAUUUUCCUCAGAUAAUUUUGUGACAUUUCUUAAUCUGUUGGCCAAACUAAAGAGAUCUAGAAUAACUAAAUAAAAAUACACAUUGGUUGGAUAUGUGUAACAAGACUGG